CUCAGAGCAACAUGGGCAAUCGAGACUCACUUCCAGCAGGUGGCGCUCUCAGGAUCGUGAUGAUUGGAAAGACGGGCGUGGGUAAAAGUGCUGUGGGAAACACUCUCUUGGGCAAGAAGAUCUUCAAGUCCUCCACCGGUGCCAAAUCUGUGACGGAGUACUGUGAGACGGAGAGGGUCCGGAGCCGGCGCAAGAUCCAUGUGGUGGAUACACCUGGCAUCCUGGACACCUCCAAGAGUGCAAAGAUCAUUGAGAGGGAGAUCACCAAGUGCAUCCAAAUGUCCAGUCCUGGGCCUCACGUCUUCUUGCUGGUGCUGCAGGUGGGCAGAUUCACCAAAGAGGAGGAGCACUGUGUGGAAGCUCUGGAGAAGAUCUUUGGUCCAUGCGCGGCUCAGUUCAUGAUUGUCCUGUUCACACGUGGAGAUGAGCUGAGAGGCAGAAGCAUCCAUGAAUAUGUGCAGGAGGGCAGCCCCAAACUCCGAGAGGUCAUCAACAAAUGUGGCAACCGCUACCACGUCUUCAACAACAAGAAGCGCCACGACCGCUCCCAGGUCGUCCAACUCAUCAAGAUGAUCGACCAAAUGGUGGCAGCCAAUGGAGGAGGCUACUUCACUGAGGACAUGUAUGACAGAUCUUACUCUGGGGCACUCCUGACCAAGGCCACAUCUGUGUCCAUGCCCCUGCUGCCCUUGGCCCCCACAGCCAACCCCAGCCCACAGUCCACCGUGGAGGGCAACUUCUACAGUGACCUGUUAGAGAGGAUCGCGCAGUUCCAGGCCAUCCUGGCUGCAACCGGGAAAGCAGCCCCUUCCUCAGAACCACUAGAGGGACCAGCCUAGAGCAAAUGCCCCUACAGACAGAGGUGUAGUGGGCGUGAUACACGGGGGUACGCCAUCCACCCACUUGUCUCGAUGUGAGAUAUAAAAAAAUAACAAAUAUAAAAUAGUCUAAACUUAAAUGUCAAACUGAAGCUACUGGUAAUGGUGAAAACAACCUGCAUAGACUCAUGAUAUCUGCACUACUUUCCUAUAGAAACCUGAACCAGGACUGAACCAGGACUGAACCAGGACUGAAUGUUGGGACGGGUCCGGAGGUGCACUUGCAUAGACUGUCAGAUGACCGAGGGUCCUUGCGCAAAACUCCAUACCUCAACUGCCUUAGUCCUGGUUUAAUCCUGGAUUAGUCCUGGUUUAGUCCUGGUUCAUGUGUCUGUGCUGUGACUCUGCAUCAUUUUGAAUCGUGUUCCCUUGUUAAAAAAUCUCCAGUACACCAUGGCCUCCAGAGGCCACACUGAUUGAAGUAUCCCCCCUUCUGUGGAGUCAGUGGGUUGUUGUUUGUUCUGUAAAAUGUGAAAUGGAAUUUUCUGUGUGGAGAAUGUGUGUGAGAGGAAUUAUGCACUAACAGAAUCACAACCAAGUCUAUAACUAAGACCAAAGACCCUUUGGGUGUGAUAAGAUAAGUCUUUUGUGUGUGUUCAUUUGAUCGUUGUCUUGCAUAACUGUACAAAGUGAAAUGAUUCAUAUACAUUUACCAAAUGUAAUCGAAGUAGAACAUGAAAUCAUUAUGCAAAUAGUUUAGAUGUGUCCCGCUUGGUUACAUUAAAGUGUAUAUUACAGCUACUGAUGAUUCACUCCUUUUGACUUAAUUUGUUAGUUAGUUGUAAAUAUAAAUUAUACGUUAAUCAUAGUCAAGAAGCAGUUUGUAAAAAAGUUGACGAAUAUGUCGUAGAAGUAGAGAAUUCUAUUUCAGCCUCAGUUUAGGAAAUACAUUUAGGUUUGGCAAACUGUAUGACACGGUUAUUGGGUAACAAUUAUGGAAUUUCCUAGCGUCAUGUCAUGGUUUCCAGGCAGGAAGUAAAAUUUGAAACAUGUAGUUAAUUAACUGAUUUAUUUAUUACACUGCAAAAAAAACAACAACAAAAAAAAACAUCUAGUCAAGUUAGGGUGACUUGAGUUAAGAAGGUUUUAUCAUGACUUGAGUAAAUUUCCCUUGACGAGUAAAAUGAUCUGCCAGUGGAAUAAGACUUUUUGUACUUAAAAUAAGAAACAAAAUCGAAUGCUGCUUGAAUUAAGAAAAACACACUUAUUCCAUUGGUAGAUCAUUUGACUUGUCAAGUUGAAUCUACUCAAAUAAAGUCGAAUGUUCUUGAUUUAAGUCAUUUUAAUUUAUGUAGACAUUGUUUUUUUCAGUGAACAUUACAGCUGUCAUAGGCACUUUAAGUCUGUUCAAAUGACCACAUUUUAAU